AUGGACGCAGAUGCCAGCCCACCCCGCUCUCCAGCCCACCUGUCGUGCGCUGCCGCAGCCGCGCCCUCGGGCCCGCCCCAAGCGCGGCCCCAUGUGCCUGCCCCUGUGCAGAACACGCGCAUCAUCCGGGCCCUGAAUGUCAAGGGCAACCAGAAGUGUUUCUCAAACCCCAACUACCCCUGCAAGGCUGCCAACCCGCCUUACAAGUACAGGAUCAAGCUGACAUCGCACCCAUGCGUGCCCGGCCAUACACAUGCCGCGCACGAGGUGCGGUCUCGAGGCAGCCUGCCCAUGGCCCAAGGGGGCAUGGCUGUGCAGCCCUUGCCAUAUGUAAACCCCUACCGCGAGAAGGCCUUCUUCCUGGAAGGCCUGCGCAAGGUCAAGUGGCAGGUCAGUGCCAGGCGGCAGUUGCUGGUGUUCAUUGCACCCCUGAACGUGACGCUCAACGUGUGCAAGCCGCCCCGCACCUACUGUGACUACGCUGGCGCGCUGGGUGUCUACCUCCCAACCGUGUGCUACAACCACCUCUGCUAUGGCGAGUGGAACCUGAACCCAAAGAACAACGACACGCUGCUGAUCACCUACCCACAAUGGAGUGCCACGCCCAACAUCAAACCUGACGAAACCUGGCCACAGAAAGUGGAGUUUGAUAUCACCGGCUACCAUUAA